GGCUCCUCCCCGCGCGGCGCGGCCCGGCCCGGCCCGCGACCUCCGGGUGCCUAGGCUCGGGCCCGGCGGUGACGCCUCAUUCGCUCGGAGCUGGGCCGGGAUACGGUCGGCGACAGCAUGAACAGCAUCAAGAACGUGCCGGCGCGGGUGCUGAGCCGCAGGCCGGGCCACAGCCUGGAGGCCGAGCGCGAGCAGUUCGACAAGACGCAGGCCAUCAGCAUCAGCAAAGCCAUCAACAGCCAGGAGGCCCCCGUGAAGGAGAAGCAUGCCCGGCGCAUCAUUCUGGGCACUCACCAUGAGAAGGGGGCCUUCACCUUUUGGUCCUAUGCCAUUGGCCUGCCGCUGCCCAGCAGCUCCAUCCUCAGCUGGAAGUUCUGCCAUGUCCUUCACAAAGUCCUCCGAGACGGACACCCCAAUGUGCUGCAUGACUGCCAGCGCUACAGGAGCAACGUCCGUGAGAUCGGCGACCUGUGGGGCCAUCUUCGUGACCAGUAUGGACACCUGGUGAAUAUCUACACAAAACUGUUGCUGACCAAAAUCUCUUUCCACCUCAAGCACCCCCAGUUUCCUGCAGGCCUGGAAGUAACAGAUGAGGUGCUGGAGAAGGCGGCAGGAACCGAUGUUAAUAACAUUUUCCAGCUCACCGUGGAGAUGUUUGACUACAUGGACGGUGAACUGAAGCUUUCUGAGUCAGUGUUCAGGCAGCUCAACACAGCCAUCGCGGUGUCCCAGAUGUCAUCCGGCCAGUGCCGUCUGGCCCCCCUCAUCCAGGUCAUCCAGGACUGCAGCCACCUGUACCACUACACAGUGAAACUCAUGUUCAAGUUGCACUCCUGUCUCCCAGCAGACACCCUGCAAGGCCACAGGGAUCGGUUCCACGAGCAGUUUCACAGCCUCAAAAACUUCUUCCGCCGAGCCUCGGACAUGCUGUAUUUCAAGCGCCUCAUCCAGAUCCCGAGACUGCCUGAGGGACCCCCCAAUUUCCUACGGGCCUCAGCCCUGGCUGAGCACAUCAAGCCUGUGGUGGUGAUUCCAGAGGAGGCUCCGGAGGAGGAGGAGCCGGAGAACCUCAUUGAGAUCAGCAGUGGGCCCCCUGCUGCAGAGCCAGGGGUAGUGGCUGACCUUUUUGAUCAGACCUUUGGUCCUCCCAAUGGCUCUCUGAAGGAUGACAGGGACCUCCAGAUAGAGAACUUGAAGAGAGAGGUGGAGACCCUUCGUGCUGAGCUGGAGAAGAUCAAGAUGGAGGCCCAGCGGUACAUCUCACAGCUGAAGGGCCAGGUCAACGCCCUGGAGGCGGAGCUGGAGGAGCAGCGGAAGCAGAAGCAGAAGGCCCUGGUGGACAACGAGCAGCUGCGCCACGAGCUGGCCCAGCUGCAGGCCUUGCAGCUGGAGGGCGCCCGCAACCAGGGCCUGCGCGAGGAGGCGGAGAGGAAGGCCAGUGCCACGGAGGUGCGCUACAGCAAGCUGAAGGAGAAGCACAGCGAGCUCAUCAACACGCACGCGGAGCUGCUCAGGAAGAAUGCAGACACGGCCAAGCAGCUGACAGUGACACAGCAGAGCCAGGAAGAGGUGGCCAGGGUAAAGGAGCAGCUGGCCUUCCAGAUGGAACAAGUGAAACGUGAAUCUGAGAUGAAGAUGGAAGAGCAGAGUGACCAGUUGGAAAAACUCAAGCAGGAGCUGGCAGCCAAGACAGGAGAGCUGGCCCGUGCACAGGAGGCCCUGAGCCGCACCGAGCAGAGUGGGUCAGAGCUGAACUCCCGGCUAGACACACUGACUGCAGAGAAGGACGCACUGAGCGGAGCCGUGCGGCAGCGUGAAGCCGAGCUGCUGGCUGCCCAGAGCCUGGUGCGGGAGAAGGAAGAGGCCCUUAGCCAUGAGCAGCAGCGCAGCUCCCAGGAGAAGAACGAGCUUCGGGGGCGGCUGGCAGAAAAGGAGUCUCAGGAGCAGGGGCUUCGGCAGAAGCUGCUGGAAGAGCAGUUUGCGGUGCUGCGAAGCGCGGCUGCUGAGGCGGAGGCCAUUCUGCAGGAUGCAGUGAGCAAGCUGGACGACCCCCUGCACUUGCGCUGCACCAGCUCCCCAGACUACUUGGUGAGCCGAGCCCAGGCAGCCCUGGACACCGUGAGUGCCCUGGAGAAGGGCCACACCCAGUACCUGGCAUCUUCUGAAGAUGCCUCUGCCCUGGUGGCAGCCCUGACCCGCUUCUCCCAUCUGGCCGCGGACACCAUUGUCAAUGGCGGAGCCACUUCCCACCUGGCUCCCACUGACCCUGCUGACCGCCUGAUUGACACGUGCAGGGAGUGUGGAGCCCGGGCCCUGGAGCUCAUGGGUCAGCUGCAGGAUCGCACAGUGCUCCCGAGGGCACAGCCCAGCCUGAUGCGGGGGCCCCUGCAGGGCAUUCUUCAGCUGGGCCAGGACCUGAAGCCUAAGAGCCUGGAUGUGCGGCAAGAGGAGCUAGGGGCCAUGGUUGACAAGGAGAUGGCGGCCACGUCUGCAGCCAUUGAGGACGCUGUGCGGAGGAUUGAGGACAUGAUGAAGCAGGCCCGCCAUGAGAGCUCGGGGGUGAAACUGGAGGUGAAUGAGAGGAUCCUCAACUCCUGUACAGACCUGAUGAAGGCCAUCCGGCUCCUUGUGAUGACCUCCACCAGCCUGCAGAAGGAAAUUGUGGAGAGUGGCAGGGGGGCAGCGUCGCAGCAGGAAUUUUAUGCCAAGAAUUCACGGUGGACUGAAGGCCUCAUCUCCGCCUCUAAGGCGGUGGGCUGGGGAGCCACACAGCUGGUGGAGUCAGCUGACAAAGUCGUUCUUCAUAUGGGCAAAUACGAAGAACUCAUCGUCUGUUCACAUGAGAUUGCAGCCAGCACUGCCCAGCUGGUGGCGGCCUCGAAGGUAAAAGCCGACAAGCACAGUCCACACCUGAGCCGCCUGCAGGAGUGUUCCCGCACUGUCAACGAGAGGGCGGCCAGCGUGGUGGCCUCCACCAAAUCGGGCCAGGAGCAGAUCGAGGACAGAGACACCAUGGACUUCUCUGGCCUGUCCCUCAUCAAGCUGAAGAAGCAGGAGAUGGAGACCCAGGUACGAGUCCUGGAGCUGGAGAAGACACUGGAGGCAGAGCGUGUCCGGCUCGGGGAGCUGCGGAAACAGCAUUAUGUGCUGGCUGGGGUGAUGGGGACACCUGGUGAGGAAGAGCCCAGCAGACCCAGCCCAGUUCCCCGAAGUGGGGCCACCAAGAAGCCGCCCUUGGCGCAGAAACCCAACAUAGCGCCCAGGCAGGACAGCCAGCUCGACAAAAAGGAUGGUGUCUACCCAGCUCAGCUUGUGAACUACUAGGCCCCCUAAGCUGCUCAGCAGGAUGGCUGCUGCUCAUACCUGGGCCCCGUGUGGCUGUCCGGCAAUGGUCAAGAGGUCCUGAGAGGCCUCAGACUCCUGCAUCUGGAGCCCAAAGCAGUAUCCCCAAGGCCCCAGCCUUCACCUGCCCAAGGGGUCUGGGCCCUGUGGGGAUAGUUCAUCAAGAUGUGUCUAUUUAUCUUCAGUAGGAACUGCCCAGAGCAGCCGGGACCCAGGAGGCCUGAGCCAGAGCUCUGCAGUGAACAUCUGGGAUGGUUUGAAUAUUGCAAGUUAUUUCUUUUUUUUUUUCUAAGUCUAGUCAGCACACUGGGAAAAGGCCACAUAAGCCAGGAGCCUCUCUGCCUCUCACUCAAAAGCUUGAGGCCAUAACUGAACAGAAAGAGGGUCCCUGCUGGCUGCUGGGGACAAAGGGAUGACUUGUGGCUCUUGAGAGAAGAGCAGGUGGGCUGUCCUGUGUCAUCCUCCCGGGUCCUGGUGCUAGGGCGUCCAUACUGGGAGCCCCAGGAGACCAGGCUUUGUGUGGGAGCCUGGCAACAGAGUGGCCUGGGCUGCUCCUGGGCUGUGCCUGUGGGCAGCCUGCCUCAGGUGCUGCCUCUACCCUUGAGUUUCUAUUCCAUCCCCCCACUUCCUGUUUUCCCUUCUCCUGGCCUGGCUGCUUCCACUAGUGUGGCUGCUUACCCACCCAGUGGGUAGAGUCCAGCCCUCCUAAAGCUGGGCCCUUUCAGCUCGCUAGGGAGCUAUUUAAAAAAAAAAAAAAGCAGAAGCCAGGCCCAGGUUUCUGGGGGCUUAGGAAGUCCUGAUGGGCCCUCAGAG